AUGGACAAUUAUCAUAUAUUACAUUAAAUAGGAGAAGGUUCAUUCGGAAAAGUAUAUAAAGGCCGUCGAAAAAAUACAGGUUAAAUAUUAGCAUUAAAGUUUAUUUCAAAAAGAAAUAAAACUGAAAAAGAUUUAGCCAAUCUGCGUUAAGAAAUUUAAAUAUUAAAGCGUUUAAAACAUGAAAAUAUAAUUUUACUUUUAGAUGCAUUCGAAACUCCUCACGAAUUUUGCGUUGUCACUGAAUUCGCACAAGGAGAAUUAUUUGAAAUAUUAGAAGAUGAUAAAAGCUUACCUGAGCCUGAAGUUCGAAAAAUAGCUUAAUAAUUAGUCCAAGCAUUAUAUUAUUUGCAUUCUAAUCGAAUAAUACAUCGAGAUAUGAAGCCUUAAAAUAUAUUAAUUUCUGCAAACGGAGUAGUAAAAUUAUGUGAUUUUGGCUUUGCUAGGGCUCUUUCAACAAAUACACAAGUCCUAACAUCUAUAAAAGGGACACCAUUAUAUAUGGCACCUGAAUUAGUAAAAGAAUAGCCUUAUAAUCAUACUGUUGAUUUGUGGUCUUUAGGAGUUAUUUUAUAUGAGUUAUUUGUAGGUCAACCCCCUUUUUAUACAAAUUCAAUUUAUAAAUUAAUCGAUUUAAUAAUAAAAGACCCUGUUAAAUAUCCAGACAAUAUGAGUCCUGAAUUCAAGGAUUUUCUUAAAGGACUUUUAAAUAAAUAGCCUUCUGAAAGAUAAGAUUGGCCUUAAUUACUGGAACAUUAAUUUAUCACGGAAACAGAAUAAGAAAAAAUUGAAAGAAUAAAAAGAUUAGAAUAAUACUAAUAAUGGGCUGGAUUAUAAGAAGUUAAUUUAGAUGAAACUGCUUAGCCAGUAAUUUAAUAGAUUAAUGUUAGUUAUAAUAAUAGGGAUAUCUCACCGAGAAAAAUAGGAAUUUGCAAUGAUGAGUUGUGGAAUAAGUAUUUAUAAAUAUCUAAAGAUGAUUAAGGAUUAAAUGAUUUAAGAAAAGAUAUUUCUUUUCUUGAUAAUUUUCUUUAGUUAUUAAAAACUCCAAUUAAUGAUAUUUUAAAAAAAGAUAAGAAAAAUAUUUUCAAUCUCAUUAUUAGUAGAGUAAAAUAAGAUGAUGAUAAUAAAAUUGAUAUAACUAAAAAUGGAGUUAUUUCAGGAUUACUUAUAAAUUAAUUAAAAAAUAUUAUUAAAAUAGAUGAAGGAAAAAAUACAUUAGAUAUAUUAAAUGAAUUAAUAAAAGCAGUAUGCCUAUUGUCAAAAAAUACUUUCGAUAAAAGUGUUGGUAUUGAAAGUAUUUACAUUACUUAAUUUAUGCCUUUACUUUCGGUUUUGAUUAAAAUUGGAUAGAUUGCUAAUGAUAUUCCACAUUAAUAAUUAUUAAUUAAUAUAUUGAAAACUAUUGGAAUUUUCGGAAAUCAAGCUAGUGUUAAUACUAUAAGAAAUUUCAAUUUUUAUAAAAGCAUUAUUGAAAUUAAAUUUUCUUAAGAUAUUAUAUGUUUAUUUAAAACAAUGGAAAAUGCAUAAAAUCUUCAUAAUUUUAUUCUUUAAGUAUUAGUUGUAUUAGUUCAUCCAAUAUAUGGAGAUAUAUUUUCUUUUCCAUGGAAAAGAGGUUAAAGUGGUGCUGUAUAGGAAUUUUGCGAAUGUUUACCAGUAUUUGAAUGCUUAAAACAAUAAAUAUUUACAAAUUUAAUAGAAAUAGAUUUUCUUCCAAUAAUAACACGAUAAUUUAAUACUUAAUCAGAAGAUGAGUCUUCUAAAUUAACAAAAAUAUCAAUUUUAAGAUUAGUUUUGUAAGGAAUUCGUAUUUAACGCGAAAUUAUAGAUAAAAUGCUUGUAAAUAAGCCAAUUUUAUAAAUAAUUAAUAUGUGUAUAUAUAAUGAGGAAAUAAAUAUUUGCGGUACUGGAAUGCAAAUAAUGAUUCAUAUAUUAAAACAUAUUUAAAGUAAAAAAGAAAUGAAUUAUUAAAUGAAUACAAUGUCUGAAAUAUUAAAUAUCAAUAUAUAAUAUUUAUUAGAUAAUAUAGAGAAAAAUCUACAUAAUAAUCCCAUAAUAUCAGUUAUUUCAAUAAAUUUAUUGGCUGAAAUGCUCCAAAAUGAUAAUUUUUAUUCGUAAGCAAUAAUAUAGAAAUUUCAAAGUAUAAAUUCUUACAAAAUUCUAAUUGAAUUAUUAAACCCGUCUCGAAAAAUUAAUAAAAUGGAAGAAAUUAGACAUAUAGAGGGUUCAGGUUUCGGAUGUCCAGUGUAUGGAUUUAAUGAUUGUAUUAUUUAUUUUUUAUAAAGGCUUCUUUUCAGAUACCAUAAAGAACAUCGAAAAUUAUAAGAGCUUUUCAUACUUUUCGAAUAGAGUGGUUUAGAUUUAUAAAUAUUAAAUAUUUUACUAAAUUUAAACUAAAAAAGUGAUAUUUCGCCUAAAGGGUUUGUAUCCUUUUUAAUUUUAGUACACGAUAUUAUAUUCAGUGAUUUUUUUUCGUUUUCUCAGAAGAUUUUCUAGGAGAAAACUUUAAGAAUAAUGUGUGAGAUUCUAAAAGAAAACUAACUAAAAGCACUAAAUGAAUGGCCAAAUUCAAACGGAGGAGGAAUGAUGUGUGUACAUUUAAUAACUGCACAGCUUUUAAGAAUUUUUAAUUUACCUUUCACUUAACCUUUUUAGGAAAAAGAAUUGGAGAAAACCAUCAAAGAACUAAAUUCAUCAGAAAUAAUAGUCUCAACUUUAAAAACAAUCCAAUAUUUAUAAAAAGAGCAUAUUGGUAUUGCUAUUUAAUUACUUUCAAGGCUAAUUUUAUCCAAUGAAGAUGAUAAAUAAUUCGCUUAAUAGUUUAUUUAAAAUAAUGGACUUUUUGCAAUUAAAAAAUUCAAUGUAUUAAAUUCGGUGGAAAAUCCGCCUAAUGUAAUUAUUGAUGCCUUAAAUAUUUUAAGUUAAUUUGCAAGAAUAUCAAAAAACUAUUACGAGAAUGUGCAUUAAAUUGAUAUUUAUGCGGAUUUAAAAAAACUUAUAGGACAUAAAGAAGCUAAUGUAAGGGCUAAAGUGUGUAAUUUUAUAGGAAACAUAUGUAGACAUUCGAGUUAUUUUUAUGAUGUUUUACUCAAAUUCGAUUUGAUUUCUUCAUGCAUUGAAUGCUGUAAAGAUCCAGAUAAAUUCACAAGAAAGUUUGCAUGCUUUGCUGUUGGAAAUGCAGGAUUUCAUAAUGCAAGCCUAUAUGAACAUUUAAGACCAGUCAUUCCUUUAUUGGUGAAUCUUUUAAAAGAUCCAGAAGAAAAAACUAGGGCAAAUGCAGCAGGAGCAUUAGGAAAUUUUGUUAGAAACUCAGAUAUUUUAACUAAGGAUUUGAUCAGAUUUGGAGCUUUACAUGCUAUGUUAGAUGUUGUUUUGAAUGAUUUAGGAUAGUCGCCAAAAAGAAUUGCUUUGUUUUCAAUUGGAAAUUUAUGUAUGUAUUAGGAAUGUAGAUAAGUUUAUAUUGAUAUUGGAAUUUAUGAAGUUAUUGUAUAGAUUUAAAAUACUUAAGGAUAAGAUGCUUAGAUUUUAAAAUAUGCUAAUAGGAUUUUACAAAAAUUAAAUUAAUUAAGUUGA